CCUCCGGGGACAGCGGCUUGAAGCAUUUCGGCAAACAAGCGUGCACCUUUGGGCGAAUUCUUUUGGCGCCAGAAAGUUGAUGAGUGGGUGUAUUGGCAAAACAAAAACAGAGAACUUGCAGACUUUCGCAGUUCACUCGUCGAAUCAUCAGACCACUGGAUUGCGGCUGCCUUUUCUUUGUGCACGACCGUGAUAUCGUUAGGUGCAACUGUGCCGCUACAACCUAUCAUUCUUCCCUAUUUUUCGCCACUUUGGUCUCAGACAAGUGAUAUUCUUCGAUUGGCCCGCUUUGACAGUAUUAUUGGCCCUAGCCUGCUGGUUCCUGACAGCUAGGCCACUCCAAUCACGACUCCAGUUGGAAGUCUGACGGUAAACACCGUCGCAGCUCCAUGAUGGAAUAUCCCCCUCAGUAUCAACAGCCUCAUGGCCAGCAUCCUCAUGCCUCGUCUCACAUCACUGCUCCGUAUCAGACGGCUCCUCAAAAUGCAGGAUCAACAGUGGGGUCGAUGACUUCCCCCACCAACCCCCAAGCACACAUGCAGCAAGCUCAUCCUACGCAUCAGGCAUCCCCCAUUGUACCCUCACAGUCCCAUUAUCAACCGGCUCAAAAUGCGCCGGGCUCUGUACAUCAACAAAUGAAUUUCCCUCAAUCGUAUGGGGUUACCACGGCGAUGCCACAAACAUACGGUAUCUCGCCCACCCAGGCGGCCGCCAUGGCCACUGCAGCAGCUUCGGGCCAAUUUUACCCCCUUCAUCAAGACUCUAUGGCUAGUCAGAUGGCCCCAGGCCCCCGUGGAUCACCGCGCAUGGCCGGGGUGCAGGUGAAGAGUGACCGCAACCCUCGUUCACCGCCACAGAUUCCUGGUCAGAUGCCAUCAAUGGGCCCCCAGGUCCAAAUGUCUCAGAACGCGCAAAUGCAGCAACGUCGCAUGAGCCAUGUUAGCAGUCCGCAUGUCCAGAACGCGCAGCCGGUCCUGAAUCAUGUUGGCCGGCCUUCGGUCCCUCCAUCCAUGCCGCCUCCGCCCCAGCCACCUGUUCAGCAGAGCCAACCCUCUCCUGAUAUGGUGGCUGGUGCCGCGGAGGAGUCGCCCUUAUACGUGAAUGCGAAGCAGUUCCAUCGCAUUCUGAAGCGAAGAGUGGCGCGCCAAAAAUUGGAAGAGCAAUUGCGACUCACGUCCAAGGGUCGUAAACCAUAUCUCCAUGAAUCGCGCCAUAAUCAUGCCAUGCGCCGCCCUAGAGGUCCUGGCGGGCGAUUUUUGACGGCUGACGAAGUGGCCGCUAUGGAGAAGAAGCAGGGUACUUCUGUGACCACUGGGCAUGAGGCUCCUGAUAACAAUGCGGUGAAGCCAAGUGGAGACAAUCCUCCAUCUGCACAGAAACGGAAAUCAAGUGAUGUCAACGAUGACACUAUCAACUCGUCUAAGAAGACGAAGACCAGUGCGCCGAAAACAAGCACUAGCGCGGACGAGAGUGAAAAUGAGUCUGCUGAGCUGUCUGAUGAGGACGGUUGAGUGGCACUUGGCUGUUGGGCUGCCUCCUAAAACACUUGUUCUUCGCAACUACUUUUUACGAUGGAUGGAUGUCUGGAAAUGUUUUACCCCGUCUUCCCUACCCUUUCCUCUCGCAGCGAGCGAUGUGCAACUGUCCCAUCUUCUCUCGUAUUUAUUGACGUUAUUCCCACCUACCG